GGUCAGAAGCCGGAAAACAUGACUCAGGCUUAAGGGGAUGCUAACCGAGCAUUUACAUAUCGUGGCGGAUCGAACCAUAGUUGAGGACAAGAUUUACAUGCAUGGCGGCAACACGACACAGACCGUGGCUACGGACUCUUACGCGAAAGACCUCUGGAUCCUGGAUACCACGACAUGGCAAUGGACUAGUGGACCCAGCUCUUCUUUUGGUCGUGCUUCUCAUACCCUGAUCAAUACUAACAACACCUUGUUGUCUCUGUCCGGAUUCGAGUUUGAGACCUCCAAGACCAAGGCUGCACAAAAUGCAUUUGUGAUGGUUUACGAUCUUGGAUCAUCGACCUGGGGAGCACAGUUUGGAGUGAUCACCCAGUCAUUCCUUCAAAGGCACGCCGUCGCCAUUAUUGGUGGAUCUGUCGCAGGAUUCGUUCUCAUCCUCGUGCUAGCUUCCAUCUGCGCCCGACUUUGGAGAAAGCACACGCGUAGAGGACUUCCUACUAAAGUGCCUGCAGCGGCUGUAGGAGGAGGAGGCAGGAAGCGCACCACCAAGCCUUUCCUGGCUUCUACGGCUCCGCCCAAUUCGGGCUCUGGAAUGGCGACGGAUUGCUCUGCUGCUGUAGCUUCGCGACUCUCAGGAAUGACACUGUUGAGCCAGAACCAAAACCAGGGAGCCUUUGAGACCCAGAUCGAUCUGUCGACUGUACCCCGCGCCAGCGAAUCAACAAUCCAUGAUAACUACCAGUACCCUCAGCAUCGAUCAUACAACCCCUAUGCACCCACGCAGCAGCAACAGCAAGUACCCCUGAUGAGCGCUAAUGCUCUGCAACAGCAAGAUCAAGAGAUGGACCCCUACAGAGAUGAUGAUGGACUAGAGGAGAGGGAUAUGUGUCUACUGUCUCAUUCACCACCAAACUCUGGUGGAGGUGAAGUCCCUCACAUGGGCAGCUUUGUACACGCUGGUCAGACUACAGGCGUCUCAGGGGUGCCGGUACGAGGCCAGAUGGCGCCUAGCUGUACGGCCGCACCGAACGCGGGAUCAACUUCGGGGCCGUAGAGAGUUGCUUUGCAAAUGUACCUCUUCUUCCUCUAUAAUCAAGUCUUGAAUAAGGAUUUUACUCAUGUACAAACGCAU